AUGGCCCCCCAGGCGGGCGUCAACGGCGUCUUGCCUGUCGCCGUCCUGCAGAGAAACGCCCCUGCUCCAGCCCCGCGCGGUCCCAAAGCUGCCCAGCCGCGCCUGAAGCUCGUCUUGCGCCGACUGCCCCCAGGCCUGACCAAGGCCGAGUUCGAGGCUCUUGUGGGCGACGACUGGAAGCCGGGUGCUGGCAAAGUCGACUGGUUCAGCUACAGAAAGGGCAGCAUCUCCAAAGACGCGGCCAAACCGUCAAAGCCCUCUAGAGCCUACUGCCACCUUCUCAAGCAGGACUUUGUCGCCCAACUCGGUGACCACGUUCGCACCCUCACCUUCCACGACGCCGCAAAAUCAUGGCAGGACCCUGCGCUCGUCGGCGCCCCUACCCUCGAAUUUGCACCCUUCCCGAAGAUGCCCCGUGGCCGCCGCAGGAAUGACAACCGCCAGGGCACCAUCGACCAAGACCAGGACUUCAAGGACUUCCUCGAGAGUCUGACCAACCCCAUCACCAAACCCGCUGCCUCCGACAACGAACACGCAAAGGACGCAAAGGUGAAGACAACGCCGUUGAUCGAGGCCCUUCGCGAGAAAAAGGCGAACAAGGAGAAGCCAAACAGCAAGGGGAGACACGGGCGUGGAGACAAGGAGGACACCGCCGAGAAGAAGAUUCUUGCCAAACCGGGCAAGGAAAAUGCAGCCAACGCAGGAGACAAGGGCCGUAGAUCAGCCAAAGCCGACAAGACUCAAGUGGCUAAAGAGGCUGUCAAGAUCCUGAACAAGGAGGCGUCGUCCACGAAGAACGCAAGCACGGCCGCAGACAAGGCCUCGGCCAGCCCAGCACCAGAGCGCAAGCGUGGCAGCGUCGCCCUUGCAAAGUCCAUGCUUCAGCGCGAUCUCGGUCUAGGACCUGGGCCUGCCCCCAACCGUCGUCGCGGAACCAAGCGCGAGGUUUCCCAUGUCGAUGCUGCAUCUCCCGCCAAAGAUGGCCCUGCCGUAGAGCAAAAGGCCAAGGACGCAACACCGGCUCAGAGUGCGCCAUCGUCGGCUGACAAGGCAGCUCAAGCGUCGCAGAAGAAGGAACGUCCGACGCGUGCCGAACGCAGAGCAUUCAAGGCUUCUUUGGCGGACACGACCAACAGCAAAGCUGCGCAGAGCGACGCGAAGCCGCAGACACAGGGCAAGGCAUCGGCAACACCAGCUCCCCACAUCUUGAAGAAAACACAGACUGCGCAGACACCAACGACACCCAAAGGUCCGGCCACAUCACGUGGUCCGCCUACCGAGCCCGUCGCGACGAAGCAGACUCCUGGGCCAGCGAAGACGCAAGCACCAACAGCAGCCUCGUCUUCAACCGUGCCUGCAGCACCUACUGCCAAGUGCGCACCAUCUCGGUCAGUGCCCGAUGCCAUAAGCAAACAAGCUUUCCUCAAGCAUGCCAACCCAUCACAGGGUAUCACCGAACCGCUGAUCGAGGAGGCACUGAAAGUGUUUGGCGGACUCGAAAAGGUCGAGAUUGACAAGCGCAAGGGUUUCGCCUACGUCGACUUCCUAGAGCCAGAAGGUCUGCACAAGGCCAUGGCGGCUAGCCCUAUCAAGAUUGCGCAGGGUGCCGUUCAGGUCCUGGAACGGAAAGCACCGGUGGCUAGAGGCCCUCGCUUCAACGCACCCCCCGCGGGAGCGCCUCACGGACCGCCGCCUGGGCCAGCUCGCGGCGGCCGUGGUGGGUUCGCGCCUAGGGGACGCGGGCGUGGAGGUGCGCGAGGAGGAGCCAAUGCAAACGCUAACGCUGGUCCUGGUCCUGGUCCUGCCGCAGCCUCUGGUUCCACUACGCCUGCUGCUCCUGCCGCUGCUGCUGCUUCCUCAACAUCUGUGCCUCCUGCUGGCACGCCUACAUGA